AACUAAGGAAUUGAAACCCAGGUUUAUGCAUGCUGCAUGUAUGCUCGCACAGUUGUGGUUAACAACCCGUCUCAACCCAUCUCAGUGUAAACUGCUUUUUGCAUUUGUGUUUAUUUUGCACUUUUAAAUUUUAUUUUUAUUUUUUUCAUUAAAGCAAGUUAACAGAAGUUUCCAUGCUAGUUUUUGAGCAUGGACCGUAUAUGACAUAUGAGAAGUGUAAAAAUGUCAGAGGGGCCUGGGUAGCUCAGCGAGUAAAGACUCUGACUACCACUCCUGGAGUCGCAAGUCAGAAUCCAGGGAGUGCUGAGUGACUCCAGUCAGGUCUCCUAAGCAACCAAAUUGGCCCGGUUGCUAGGGAGGGUAGAGUCACGUUGGGUUAACCUCCUCGUGGUCAUCAUAAUGUUGUUCUCGCUCUCUGUGGGGUGCGUGGUGAGUUGUGUGUGUGGAUGUUGCUGGGAAUAGCGUGAAGCCUCCACUCACACGCUACGUCUCCACGGUAACGUGCUCAACAACAUUUACUGUCUCAGACGAGAAGGCAACUGAGAUUCGUCCUCCGCCACCUGGAUUGAGGCGAGUCACUACGCCACCACGAGGACUUAGAGGUCAUUGGGAACUGGGCAUUUCAAUUUGGGGAGAAAAAAAAAAAGUCAGGUAUUGUGGAGACAUGAAUUAGAAAGAUACUAAUAGGGCAAAUGCGUAAAAAUGAACCCUUAAAGAGCCAAGCAUUAGAUAUUGAUUAUAUAUUUCCUUUUGUCCUCUUUGAAAAAAUGUUUAGGUUCUUGAUUAUAAAGCAUAUUUUGUUUCUGGGUGAGUAUUGAAAUUAAAUUAUGCCAUUUUUGCCACAUCAAAACAGUUCAUACAAACAGUGAUACAGUUCAGAGUGUCAACUAUGCUAUGUGUAGUUUUGUGCAUUUAAAAAAAAAAAAAAAAAAAAAAAGGUGUUAUAAUUGGGCUGGGUAAAAAUACAGAUUUUUAGAUGCAUCGCUUUUGUGUUAAAAUUGGUAACGACCAAAAUUUGUCAUAUUGGUGCAUCCCUAGUUAUUUCGAGUGAUUCAGUUAAUUCAGUCAGAUUUAUCCAGUCAGCUCCGACUGAUUCAUAAGUCUUGUUAAUUCACUAACAAGAGCUAAUUAAUAUUAUUUAUUUAUUCAUAAUUUUGGUCACAGUUUAGCUUUAUAAAAAUGAACAAAUCAAUGUAUUUAAUCAAUAAGUAGGAUAUUAAAUUGCAUAUAUUUUGUUACAUGUUUAUUGUUUAAUUCCAUAAUUUGUUCUAGUUACAGGUAUUUACAUUGAUUUGUUGAACACAUGCUAAAAACCGGUACUGUCUCUUUAAGAAAGACAGUAUUUCUGUAAAGAGCGUAUAUUAAUGAGAGUAUUUAACAAUAUUAAAAGAAACAAAUCGGUUACGUGGAUCCGUCUUUGGUCUAGCAUUACACGGAACAACUUUUACUCUUAACAUGCAGUGGAAGGAUCUCGCUGCUGAAUAUUCCACCACUUUGUUACUCAAUUCAUUCACUGGUGAGUGAAAUCUAAACAUUUAUCAGCCAGUUGCCAAAUAUAUAAAUUUGUAUUCGCAUAUCGCGAAAUUUGGUUCCAAAUGCAAGUGAUUUUUCUCUCAUUGUAGAGCUGCGCAUAGAGUAAAAAAAAUUGAUCUGAUGAAAUGAAGAUCGCGAUGCAUCGGGAAAUAAAUAUUUUUACCCUCCCCUAAAUGGUAGCACUGUUGUUGUUGAUUCUUUAAAAAGAACCGGCUCAAAGAUUAAUUUGUUUGGGUAUCGGACUAUACAGGUUGUGCUUUAUGUCUCACGCUUUAGAUUCAGUAGCAGUGUUGCAGCGCUGAAAAACACUGUCUAUUUAUUUUAGUCCGGUUUUCUGUCUGCAUUGCCGGAAGGAUGCACGUUCAAGAACCAUUGACUGAACUGAACAUCAUGAAAAUCACUCUGCUCCAGUAUUAUUAAGAUAUGUGUCGUAGGGCCCUAUGUUUUCCGUGUUACAGAAGACAUGGAUGAAGCCACAAAAUUUGACAUUUGGGAUGAAAUUAAUAUAUAAAUGCACUAUUAAUCAAAUUAAAAUAGAUAGUUUUCCUACAUUUAUGAUAUUUACUGUAAUAGAGAUGUGGAUUAAUAGAUCUGUUACAGUAAAGGCCCGUUCACACUACACCAACAAACACGUUUGUUGGUCUUUGUCAGAUCAGUGUGUUCACCCUGUUGGCGUUUGUUGGUAUCUGUUUUGACAGAUUCAACAUGUUCAGUCUGCGUUUGUCGGGUCUUUGAAUGUUUGAGCAGUCUGGUAUGACUUUCCAACAAACUCCAACAGACUGACGUGAUGUGAUUCAGCGCGAACUGUUGCUAUGACAAUGAGGUCAGUGUCCCUGUCAGCUCAUAUAAAAUGAAUGCGCGUGGCCACAACAUCGGUAGAUCAGGAGAAACACAAUUAGUCACGAUUAAUAACAUUUUUGUAGUGAACUUGUUCAAGCUUUCCGUUCCCUUGAUAUGGGUUCAGCAGUUUGUGUGGAUGACACUCUUGAGCAAAUAUGUACAAAUAGGCAAGGAGUCCGCAUAUCAGACAGAGAUUGAUAGAUUUGUGCUGAAGUGUUCUUCUCACUCACAUGAAGUUUCAUUAUUCCUCAAAAGGUGUCAAAUCACACAGAAACUUUAAAAAAUAUCAACUUUGCCCACAUUUUAUGGACAUAAUCUCUGACUGAACUGUCAGAAUGAAUAAGUUCCCAGCAAAUACAAAAAGUUUUUACAAUGUAGGUGUGUUUACUUGGUUAUAGCCUAAUGUCACUACAUGUUAAACAUACUUAAGUAAUAAUAUUAAUAGCGCAUAAUAUUUAUAUAUUAAAUCAUGCAUGUUUGGCUUCAUCCGCAACCUCUUUCUUGUCAAUCAUCAAAAGCGAACAACACUGCAAGUUUGUUGGAUCAGUGUGAACACAACAGUUAUGUUUCUUAACAUUCUAAAUACAACAGCCAACUUUAGAAUGUUUGAAGUGUUGGUGUCUGUUGGCGUUUGUUGGGGCAGUGUGAAUUGGCCUUAACACUUCUGAUGCGUGCCCUGCUGAAUGUUAACAGUUUAACAAUAUGUCAAGUCUUUGUUAUUUUCCUUAUUUAAAGGAAAAGUUUUUAUCAAACCAUCCAGCCAUGUCCAAGAAGUACUCCUGGAACGCAAAAGAUGCCUUCCUCGGAGGGUCUGAGCAUCACAGGUUCAUCCCAGACAAAAAAAAGGACCAUGGGCCACCGAGGAAUUGACCCCACUGGAGAGACCACUUAUAAAAAGACCACAUCAUCUGCCCUGAAAGGCGCCAUUCAGCUGGGCAUCACACACAGUGUGGGAAGCUUGAGCCAGAAGCCAGAGAGAGAUGUGCUCAUGCAGGACUUCGAAGUGGUGGAAAGCAUCUUCUUUCCCAGCCAAGGCAGUAGUUCCACACCAGGCCAUCACCAUGGUGACUUCACGUUUAAAACCUAUGCCCCCAUUGCCUUUCGCUACUUCAGAGAGCUGUUCGGGAUUCGACCUGGUGAUUACCUGUACUCUCUUUGUAAUGAACCCCUUAUCGAGUUGUCUAAUCCUGGAGCAAGCGGUUCUCUGUUCUACGUCUCAAGUGACGAUGAGUUUAUCAUUAAGACAUUGCAACACAAGGAGGCCGAAUUCUUACAGACACUCCUACCGGGAUACUUCAUGAACCUGAACCAGAACAAGCGUACCCUGCUUCCCAAGUUCUACGGGCUCUACUGUGUUCAGGCCGAGGGAAAGAACAUAAGAAUUGUAGUGAUGAACAACCUGCUUCCCUGUGCUGUACCAAUGCAUCUUAAAUACGACCUGAAAGGCUCCACAUGUAAGCGUCGUGCUUCGCCCAAAGAGAGGGCUAAGAAGGUGCCUACAUACAAGGACCUAGAUUUCAUGCUGGACAUGCCCGAUGGCAUACUGCUGGAGAGUGACCACUACAGUGCCCUCUGCAGAACCAUACAGAGAGACUGUCGGGUUCUUCAGAGCUUUAAAAUCAUGGACUACAGUCUACUAGUGGGUAUCCACAACUUGGAUCGGGCAGGUGAAGAUGCAUCUACUGCAGUGCCUGAUACCCAGAAAAAGGCACCAAGCCAGAAGCCCCUUUACUGUACAGCCAUCGAGUCUAUUCAAGGGGAGGCCAUGGGCAAGACACCACCACAGCCCUAUGAAAGCAUGGGAGGAAUUCCAGCAUUCAAUUCAAAAGAAGAAAGAUUGCUGGUUUUCAUUGGCAUCAUUGAUAUCCUGCAAUCUUAUAGGCUUAUCAAGAAGUUAGAGCACUCAUGGAAAUCUCUGCUGCAUGAUGGGGACACUGUAUCUGUGCACCGGCCGAGUUUCUAUGCAGAUCGUUUCCAAAAGUUUAUGUGCUCUACAGUCUUCAAGAAACCUCCAUUGAAAACGUCUCCCUCAAAGAAAGGUAGAGGUGGGGCUUUGUCUGUUGGAAAGAAAGCAAACAUUGCCAUGUCUGGACAGUCACAACAACAGUCCCUUCCUACAGCAGCACAAACAAGCCUUGAACAAACACAGCCAGCAGGCCAAACAAAGCAGACUACAGCACAGCUGUCCAGCAGUGGAGCCAUGUCCCUCAGCUCAGAGACACAAGCAGACAUUGGUGUGCGGACAGCUCGCCCUGACCUGCUUCCACAAGAAGUUACCAAAGAUGAGAUCACCAAUAGCUCAGCUGAUACAACCCUCUCAGCAAGUUCUCCUGUAAGCUCUUGGCCCUCCACAAACACUCCAGCUCUGAGCCGCAGAGCAGCCCAAUCAUCAGGGGAAAGUUUGGAUGUUGAAGUUGUUUCACUCAGUGAUAUUGUUCCUCAAACAAGUGCCUCAGAAUGAUCAACAGUGGUUGAAAAGGACAAAAUAUAGCUCUCAAGGACAAAGAUUGUCUCUCUUCCAAGGACAUCUGAACAAGAAGGAAAAGACAAUGUAAGAAAGAGGUGGAGUACACACCUGGGGAAGUGAAAACUAGACAAUCUGGAAAAACAGUUGAUGAUAAGAGAAAACCGCGCACAUUUAUAAGACUAUAAAGACAUGAGUAUAACUUUUUUUUUUACACAUAUUUUUGGAGGCUGACAGUACAGCUUCCAGUAUUGCUGCUAAGAAAUGGAACCAAAAUAUGCCACUGUAGUACCUUAACAGUGUGAUAUCACUGUUCUUACAGCUGUCCAACAGGGACAUAAAAAGCAGUGCCAUAUUUAAUAGAACUUCCUGAACUUGAUCAUGUUUUUUCACAACAAUAGUAGAUUGAUGAGAACUUUAUCAUGAUCCUGGAGAACAAACGUAUCUUUCAAAUACCUCCGUAAGAGAUGAAUAUUUGGUAUUGGACUUCAUUCAAUCAUGCAACUCUAUGCUGUUUCCCCCACCUUAUUUUGCUAAGGAGAACAGUGUAAGACAAAUCUGUUGAAAUCACAUAUUAGUUACUUUGCUAAUAGGAAAAAGGAAAACAUUGUUGAUUUCAAAUUUUUCUUACAGAUAUGUUGGGAAUAUUGCUUGAUUAUUUACAACAACAAAAAAUGAACAAUCAUGUAACAACUAAAACUUUUUACCAAUUUGAGGUUUUAAUUAGAGUUGGUUUUAGAUAUAUAAAUUCAAAUCCAGUGCUGUAUUAUGGUAGGAAUGUGCCUUAACUGCAAGAGAAAUGUGUCCUGUCAUUAAAACAGGAUACCUCGUACUGUGCAUGGUGCCUGUAAGUAGAUUGUGCAUAAUUGCAUUAUCUUUUAAGUACAAAAACACAAUAUAUAGUGACUCUCAAAUGUCAUUCUGCCAUGUGUGACUGAUAUAUUAACACAUAUCCAUUUAAUAUUAUUUUAUUUUUUUACCCGUUUACCAUAAAUUCCAAAGAAAUAUUUGAGUUCUCAAAAAAAAAAAAAAAAAAAGCUUUUCCUAGUUUUAUUCACUUGUUAACUUGACAUUAUUUGGAAAAAAGAACCAAAAGAGAGCACAUGGGUAAAGAUCACUUUUGUAAAAAGAGUAGCAAUGUAAUACGACCUAUAAAAGACAAAUUCAGUAUUUUGGAUUGUGUGACUAAUGGCUUUUAGAUGAGUUUUUGUUUAGCAUUGCAUUUAAGAUGGUUUUGUUUUUAAGGGCACGAUGAGAUUUCAUACCUGGUAGGCUACUGAAAAAUGUAUAACAUCUAGCAUCUAUAUUGUCUAAGUAUAUUUUUAUAAGAUUAAGAUGUUCACUGUGUAAGUACAGCAACUUCUCUUAAGGCCUCAGUUUUUUUGAGAGAAUUUAAUCAAACUAAAGCCUGAACCAAAGUAUAGGUUUUCUAUUUGAAUAUGUGCAUUCACUUGUGAAUAAGUCAGCCAAAAUAUAGAGACAUUGGGAAUGAAGAUGCAAAUAUUUUAAAUAUGGGUAGGUAGUUGAGUAAGGGGACAUUGCUGUAUCUAUUUUUCUGUUUUGUGACCAUUUUUAUAAACCUAAUGUAGUGAAAAGCUAAAAUUCCUGUACAGUCAUAUUUAUUUGUACAUUUGCAUGUAAUUUAUUUCUUUUUCCUCAAGUUCUGAAAUCUCUAGUGUUUUUUUUACGCCACAAUUUAUGUAAAUUCUGACACCUGGUGGCUGUAUACAUUUGGUGUUCAACUAAGGUAGUAGGUUUGGAAGGUGACUCAGUAUCUUAAUAUACACACUCAAUAUCUGGGAUUUUAGUGCAAUUGCUGUUUACUCUGAAAUGCUACCUUCAUAUUUAUUGUCUCAUCAAACAGAAAAUUGUUUAAAGCAAUAGCUUUAAAUUAAUCUACUCCCACCCUUCAUUAAGUGAUUUAUAGCAUCAUACUUAAUGUUAUUUUCAGCAACAUUUUGUGCUGUAUGCAAAUAAAUUAUAUAAACGGAAAACUUAAUAA